GUGUAAAGUGUAAAGUGAUCUCUCACUGGAAUCCACUUUUUGUAAUCUCAACCGACAAUUCACUGACAAACGGUGGCCUUGAGUUGGAAGAAAGGAACCAGAAUAUGUGAUGUAUACCACACUAUUCCAAGUUUCACAAAUUCCACCCAUAUUAUGAUGUCUUCACCAUCCAACACAGCUCCAACAACAUUAACCACUGAACAACCUCUUUCCCUCUUAUGUACUUAGCUUCUCCUCCCACCUUAUCUUUCUCACGCAAUUUUCAAUUUUUAUGUUCUCUUUGCACUUUUCUCCCAAAUGGGGCUCAAAAUCUUCAUGGCUUCCUUCAUGGUAUCCUCAAUCUUGUUCUUUCUCAUCUUCAUUCCCACAAGAUUGACCAUACGACUCUCCAGCCUCAGGCCUGCUUUGAACUACAUGAGUGUCCCAAAGAACAGCCAGGCCUAUCCGGUUACUUUUGCUUACUUGAUCUCUGCAUCAAAAGGAGAUGUUGGGAAGCUCAAAAGGUUGAUGAGGGUGUUGUAUCAUCCAGGGAACUACUAUCUGAUUCAUGUGGAUUAUGGUGCUCCAGAGGCUGAACACAGGGAAGUGGCAGAAUAUGUGGCUAGUGAUCCUGUGUUUGGUCAAGUGGGGAAUGUUUGGGUUGUGGGAAAGCCUAAUUUGGUCACCUACAGAGGACCAACCAUGCUUGCUACCACUCUCCAUGCCAUGGCAAUUCUUCUUAGGACCUGCCAAUGGGACUGGUUUAUUAAUCUUAGUGCAUCUGAUUACCCUUUAGUUACACAAGAUGAUCUGAUCCAAGUGUUUUCUGAGUUGCCAAGAAGGGAUAUCAAUUUCAUACAGCAUAGCAGUCAACUGGGUUGGAAACUGAAUAAGAGAGGGAAGCCAAUAAUAAUAGAUCCGGGGCUUUAUAGCCUGAAUAAAUCAGAAAUUUGGUGGGUUAUUAAGCAGAGGAGUCUACCAACAUCUUUUAAGCUCUAUACAGGUUCAGCUUGGACAAUACUAUCAAGAUCUUUUGCAGAAUAUUGCAUAGUGGGGUGGGAAAAUUUGCCAAGGACCCUGCUCCUCUACUACACCAACUUUGUGUCAUCCCCAGAAGGAUAUUUCCAAACGGUUAUAUGCAACUCUGAAGACUACAAGAACACCACUGUCAACCAUGAUCUUCACUACAUUACUUGGGACAACCCUCCAAAACAACAUCCUAGGUCUCUGGGACUCAAGGACUACAGAAAAAUGGUUCUCAGUAGCCGUCCAUUUGCCAGAAAAUUCAAGAGAAAUGAUCCAGUUCUUGAUAAAAUUGAUAGGGAUGUUCUGAAGAGAUACCAUGGACAAUUUUCCUUUGGAGGGUGGUGCUCUCAGGGUGGAAAACACAGAGCAUGCUCAGCUUUUAGAACUGAGAAUUAUGGUGUGCUUAACCCUGGUCCAGCUUCAAGAAGGCUGAAAAAUCUCCUAACAAAACUUCUCUCUGAUAAAUUCUUUCACAAACAACAGUGCAGGUAAUAACCAUAUCAUUUUCUUUCAUCUUUAUCACUUGUAAAGACUACUCAAAUUUUGGUUAUAAUAUAUUGUCAUUUCCACUUGGA